AUGAAUACAGGCCGGGAAAGUGUGGUUAUCUGUGAGGUGCCGACAGAGAUCAACCAGCCACCUCAUACAGCAGCAAAGGCGGCGAUGAUUGGCAUGAAGAAGGGAAUUCGGAGAGGUCCCUUUUUCGCUUUGAGAGAAUCCCCUUUGAUUGGCAUCUCGGGCUAUUUCUCUUUCAUCCGCAAGCAAUCCCCUCUAACGGACGUUUCUGACUAUACGGUCGACCGUUCAGGCCCUCGAAACUGGCCCAGCACGGCAACAGUCGACCCGAGAACGGGCGAGUAUCAGGUUCCUUACAACCCAGAAGUCCUUAGCUCCGGAUUUGCGUUUGACAUGUCUUGGAUUGAGCAAGAGAUCGCCCAGCUGGCAGACCCAGGACAGGCGAGUCAUCAACAUGGUCAAAUCGCCACCAAAGAGCUGGAAAACAUCGUCUGUUCACUCCCCGACUUCCUGGUUCGUACAGCAUGGAGAUUUUGGGCCAACCUGCUGGUGGAGAGCAGACUCAUGCAGCACGCCAAGGUCAUUCCACACUCAGUGGCCGUGGUUCAGUAUUACCUGCAUUGCGGCGCCCUGAAGCUUGAGGCGGGGACGCAGUCCUCGGGCGCGACUGUUGUUGUGCUGAACUGUGGAGAGAUGUUGGUGGAUUGUGUUCCCUAUCUCUUGAAGGGCCGGCCGACGACGUAUAGCCACGUCGAUGUUUGCCCUUGCAAGACCUCUUACAUGGCUGAGAUGGCAGGAUUCAAACAUGCUCAGGCCGAAUUUGUCAAGAUCGCGGCACAAAAGCUCAUAGACUUCAACCAGAAGCUUCGUUCCAAGGUUAAAUCUGCCGAGAUUGAGAAGCGUCUCAAGAUUUUAUCAGAGUACUUUACCCGGGUAAUACUACCAGGGUUCCAGAACAGCGGAAAAUCGUGGGAGAUUCCCUUUGACCUUCCUGGGAGGACAGGAGGAGUAUCAUCGAGGCUCACGUUCACCGAUUCCGAGGUGCUGAGUUGCCUCAACCCCAGUGUCAGUAUGGUUCGGAAAAUGCUUGAACAUACCGUGAUUUUGGUUCAACCACAGUACGAGGUUACGCAUGUUCUCCUUGCAGGUCCUUACUCUGCCUCAAAACACUUGGUCAAAGAGCUCACGGAGUGUCUCAAAUCGGUGCAGAGAAGGCCAGCGAAGUUGCUUAAUCACGCGGACGCAAGCGAUAUUUGCGUCCUUGGAACGUUGACUCACGCAAUUAGCUGCUGAUGAGGAAUGGGUGGCUCAAGCGCUGAUUGAGGUGGAUGGUAGAGAGCAGGAGGGGAUAUUGGCAUCCAUACAAAAGAGGGGGAAAUGGUUUGAGAAAGACAUAGCGAGACGAUGACUAGAUGGACAUGAAAACAGAUAAAUAGUAUACUAUCUAGAAAGUAGUAAUGGAUCUCUACCU